GAGCACCAGUCCAUAAUUUUAAAACUUUGCUCGUGCUCGUCCCCAUCCCCAUUCGCACAUGGCCACCGGCGGCGGCGAGAGCGAGAUGGCCGCGGUUGACAGCGACGUCGGCGCCGGGGAGGAAAACCCGAGCGCUUCAAGGAGUGCCAGCCGCAGGUUCUUCGUGGCGCUGCACGUGGGCGCCGGCUUUCACGCACCGGCGAACGAGAAGGCGUACCGCCGAGCCAUGAAGCGCGCUUGCCUUGCCGCCGCGGCCGUCCUUCGCGAGGGCAGUGGCACAAGCCUUGAUGCGGUUGCAGCUGCCAUUGGAGUGUUGGAGGAUGAUCCCAUCACAAAUGCUGGUCGUGGUUCAAAUUUGACUGAGAGUGGUCAUGUGGAAUGCGAUGCAAGUAUCAUGGAUGGAAAUACUGGUUCUUUUGGAGCUGUUGGAGCUAUUCAAGGUGUAAAGAAUCCAAUCCAAGUUGCUUUGCACUUGGCAAAGGAACAAGUGAUAGGAUCGUCGUUGCUUGGUCGGAUACCCCCCAUGUUUUUGGUUGGUGAAGGAGCACAUCAAUGGGCAAAAUCUAAAGGAAUGGAUAUGCUUGGAUCUACACCGGAGGCUAAUAGUUGGUUGGUGACUGAGAAUGCAAGAUCACAGUGGGUGAAAUACACAUCAUUGCUUGCUAAUAUCAAGGAAUUAUUGAAGCAUGGCACUGCUUCCGGUUCAGAACAUGACUCAGUACAGUUGGAAGCACCAGGCACUGCAGCCGAGAAUAUUGUUGAUGUAAAGAAGAAAUUCACACAGUCAUUCAUGAUAGACAAUGAAGACUGCGUAAUGGAUACUGUUGGCGUUAUUUGUGUAGAUAGCUACGGAAAUGUAGCAUCAGGUGCAUCUAGUGGUGGCAUUGCGCUGAAGGUAGAUGGCCGGGUUGGGUUGGCCGCUAUGUAUGGCUCUGGGUGCUGGGCUUCAUCCAAAGGUCCCUUUGGCACACCAUUCAAUGUUGCUUGUUGUACAACUGGAGCUGGAGAACACUUGAUUAGAGGAUUUGCUGCCCGUGAAUGUUGCAUCUCAUCGUCAUUGUCACAGUCCGGCCCUGCUUCUGCCUGUACUAAAGUUCUCCGCUCUGUGGUUCAAAGCAGUAGCGAGAUGUCACAUGAUACAGGCGCUGGGUUGUUGCUAGUUCAGGCAGAUGUUCUAAAGGUGAUUAUUUGCAAUCCAAUCUCCUUCAUUUUUUGGAUGAGUAACCCCUCCGCUGUGAGUUCCAUGUAUGUUUGGCAGGGAGGGGAUUUGUCUAUACUGGAAGCCGCUGAGCUUGUUGCUGCCUACUCUUCCCCAUCAUUUGGUGUUGGUUAUUUCGGAAGCAACAUGAAUAAUCCAAAGGUUUCGAUGCUUAGAAGAUCAGAAGGAGCAUCCUAUGCGGACAACCAUUUUGCUACUCGUAUCAAGUUUGGUACAAAAUCAUCUGAACAAUGAGAACGCGUUGGUUUCUGUCGGUGCCUUUGCACUUGCAGCGUUGGUAAUCUCAUUGGUUUCGUUUCCAUUCCUUUUUCUUUUCUUUCCUCCUCUUUUUUUAUCUAAAAGGCAUUUCCGUUCUGUUAACAGUUAAACAAAUCAUUGUACGCAACUUUCAAUUUUCGUUGUAAUCACUUUAUUUCGGAA